CUGAUCCCAACAGCCGGUUCUGUUCUGACUCCAACUCCUCACGGAAAAGAAGCCCGACCACCGCAUUCCCCGUCCCGGCCGGCGGCUACCGCAUCCCCCGAAACCGGCGGCGGGUCUCCUACCUCCCCGGCGAAGCCAGCUCCAGCUCCUGUGAGGCAAGGAGAGGAGGGACCCAGACGGCCGACCGAAACCCUAGCCCUAGCCCCAGCGGCAUCGGUAUGUGACAUCGCCGACGCGGCCGUCGCCGUCGCGCCGUCCCAAGCUACCUCACUUCUCGUCCCCGACGCGUGGCUUCCCCGACAGCGGGGGACAUGGAGCGAGGAGAUACGCCCAAUUCAGGACCGCCAGUUGCGGCGUCAGUGAUGGCGGCGGCAGCCAUGGGAGAGUCCCAGUGUGAGGCGACGCGGCAGAAGAGGAUGAAGAAGAAGCCAAAGCCGGAUGGUGCGGGGUUCGGGGUGGCUCCGUCGCAAUCUCCCCUGCCGGCUGCCACAUUCCUCCAAACCCAUACCCAAUCCCCCGCUCCCGGAACCCCAAUCCUGGAGGAGGCGGUGGCUGUGAGGAAGAGGAAGAGGAAGGUGCGUAAUGAUCAGAAGGCGGCAGCGGAGGGGGACAAACAUGGGGAGGAGCCCAUGCUGGCAGCAACAACGACGAUGAAGAAGAAGAAGAAGCAUAGGGAGCCCAGGUCAUCUCCUUCACUGUCCGCUGCUGCCGCUGCCAAAGAAUCAAUUUUGCAGCAGGGGCCGGAGGUGAACACCAAACAGAAGCGGAAUAAUGAAAAGGGGCCAUCCACCGCCCAAUUGCUUCAAGACCCAGCUCAAUCCCCAGCUCUCGGAGCCCAGAUCCUGGAAGAGGCGACGACCGAGGCUGCAAUCAGGAAGUGGAAAAUGCGUGAUGAGAAGAGGGUGGCGGUACUGCCUUUUGCUCAAAACCAGGAGCAGACGGAGGAGCGCGUGCUGGCGGUGACGACGAAGAAGAAGAAGCGCAAGCGCAAGUCAUCGCCUUCACUGACCGCUGCUGCCACUGUCGAAGCCCCAAUCUUGCAGCAGGAGGCCAAGGUGACCAAGAAACGAUUGCCACUUGAUCCCACGCAAGCUCAAUCACAAGGAACAAAGGCCCCCCGUGCCUCCAAGCCUCUAUCCGCUGCCACAUUCCUUGAAGCUCCAACUCAACCCCUAGCUUCCAGAACCCCAAUGUUGGAGGAGGCGGCUGUGGCGGUGAUGAGUGAGAGGAAGAUUUGUAAGGAGCAGAAGGUGGUGGCACUGCCUCUUUCCCAAAACACUACAUUGGAGGAGCCCGUGCUGGCGAUGACGAUGAUGAAGAAGAAGAAACACAAGGAGCGCAAGUCAUCUCCUUCACUCACUGUUUCCACUUUUGCCGAAGCCCCAAUCUUGCAGCAGGAGGCAAAGGUGACAAAGAAACGAUUGCCACUUGAUCCCACGCAGGCUCAAUCACAAGGAACAAAAGCCCCCCGUGCCUCCAAGCCUCUAUCCGCUGCCACAUUCCUUGAAGCUCCAACUCAACCCCUAGCUUCCAGAACCCCAAUGUUGGAGGAGGCGGCUGUGGCGGUGAUGAGUGAGAGGAAGAUUUGUAAGGAGCAGAAGGUGGUGGCACUGCCUCUUUCCCAAAACACUACAUUGGAGGAGCCCGUGCUGGCGAUGACGAUGAUGAAGAAGAAGAAACACAAGGAGCGCAAGUCAUCUCCUUCACUCACUGUUGCCACUUUUGCCGAAUCCCCAAUCUUGCAGCAGGAGGCAAAGGUGACCAAGAAACGAUUGCCACAUGAUCCCACGCAUGCUCAAUCACAAGGAACAAAGGUUUCCCAUGCUGCCAAGCCUCUAUCCGCUGCCACAUUCCUUGAAGCUCCAACUCAACCCCCAGCUUCCAGAACCCCAAUGUUGGAGGAGGCGGCCGUGGCAGUGAUGAGUGAGAGUAAGAUUUGUAAGGACCAGAAGGUGGCGGCACUGCCUCUUUCUGAAAACACUACCUUGGAGGAGCCGGUGCUGGCGGCGACGAUGAUGAAGAAGAAGAAACACAAGGGGCGCAAGUCAUCUCCUUCACUCACUGAUGCCGCCGCUGCCGAAGCCCCAAUCUUGCAGCAGGAGGCAAAGGUGACCAAGAAACCGAAGCGGAGGAAGGAGGAGGGGCCAUCUACCUAUUCGCCAUUGCAACUUCACCCCGGGUUGACUCAGUCAGAAGGAACAAAGGUUUCCCAUGCCUCAAAGCCUCUACCCGCUGCCACAUUCUUUGAAGACCCAGCUCAAUACACAGCUCCCAGGGUCCCAAUGCUCGAAAAGGCAGUGGCGCUGAUGAGCAAGAGGAAGAUUUGUAAGGAGCAGAGGGUGGCAGCAGUGUGUCUUGCCCAAAAUACUACCUUGGAGGAGCAGAGGGACGACACCAUGGCGGUAAAGGAGAAAAAGGAGUCCAAUCACAUGAAGCACACACUGUCAUCUAUUUCUGCAUCAGCUGCAUCUGAAACCACCAUUUGGGAGCAGAAAGUGAAGGUGACCAAGAAACAGAAGCAGAUGAAGCAGCAGGAGCCAUCUGGCAAGUCACCAUUGUCACUUCACCCUGGCCAGACUCACUCAGCCAAAUCACAAGGAGGCAAAGCUCCACCGGAACAAGAGCGAGAAGCUGAUGCCCGAAAGGGUAGUAGUAUUAAGAAAAGCAAUGGAAAAAUGCCCUGUGUCCGUGUCCUCAGCAAUCGUAAGCUUAUCAAGGAGGCAAGCAAGAGGCAGCCGGCGCUGCCCGAAGGCUUUGUGCCAUUCAGCGAUUUUGUUUCCAAUUGCACGGAGCAGAACCCUGAUGAUUCAUUGCCUUACCGUGCAUUUUUUGACCAGUUCCGCUAUAACCCUGUCCGUAGAGAUCACAAACCCCCACUUCCUAGAACCCCUGAUCAUCUAGCAAGGCUGCUACCUCGGGCGAAUGAAACCUCCAAGGCUUCCAAGACUAACAAUUCUGUAGUUUGCAAGUCAAAGAAGAAAGAUUCAGGUCCAGGCUCACAGGAGAAACUACAUCCACAAGUAAAGGAAAACCCUAAGAAAAUGGGAACCACAAAGCGAAGGAAACCACCACCGUUACUUACCCCUGCUGAGAAGUGCUCAGACAUAUACAGGCGCGUUCCCCUGGAUCAGCUGGUACCACCGCCAUGCUCUCCGCAUAAUCUUUUGCAGGAGAAGUAUGCUUCUGAUCCAUGGAAGGUUAUUGUCAUCUGCAUGCUGCUCAACUUAACACAGGGUAAACAGGUCAAAAAUAUUAUUGAGGGGUUCUUCGAAUGCUAUCCUGAUGCUCACUCUGCAAUUAACGCUGACCCUGAGAAGAUGGCGGGGUAUCUUGAAUGUCUAGGGUUGCAGCAUGUAAAAACAACUAGAAUCCAGAAAUUCUCCAAGGAGUAUGUUGAAAAAGAAUGGACCUAUAUUACUGAGCUUUGUGGUGUCGGCAAGUAUGCAGCUGAUGCUUACGCAAUAUUUUGUGCUGGUAGAGCAAUAGAGGUGGCGCCUAAAGACCACAAGUUAGUUGAUUAUUGGAAGUACGUCUGCUUUGAGCUGCCCCUGAUGCAGAAAGCGCAAAAUGCGCAGGAAGCUGGAGUUCAGGAGCAGGAAUUAGCCGUGAUGAGCUAAAACAGGAAAUUGGGCUGUAGGACACAGCAAGUGCUGCUGAUGUUGUGCUUUGCCUCCUGAAUAGUAUUAUUAAAAACGUGAUGCUGCUGUCUAUGAGGGCAAACCAUUUUUUUUUUAUGCGAUGACUUUGGCUGCGAAUCAUCAUCUUGAUUGUUUGGGCCUUGUACAGGAUGUUGCAAGUUGAAGGCAAAGAAGUUUCUGUCAGUAUUUGAAGUUUAUCUUUAUCUUUAAAUACGUCUUCUUUGUUUGUAGAUAGAUUUACUAUCCUCUGGAAACAAAGUUUUUUUUCUCCCUGGUCCAGUUGACACUGACGGAACAUGUUCCUAGUGUGUUGAAUAAAUUGAGAAGAUUUUGGCGUUUUUCUUAACGAGAGUUUGGUGCCAAGAUCCAUCCAAGGAUCCAAGUUCAGUGUA